CCAAUACUCUUCAGUAGUGACCUACUAACACAGAUCCAUGAGGCAGCAGUUACUCCGGCAAGGAAAACGCACAGGAAGUCUUUUUAUCGUAUGAGAUUUUAUUACAGCUGAUAAAGCUGUUCUUUUCGAUUUUGGAUGUUUUUAUGUUCAUUGUUUAUGUUGGACCUUCUAAAUGGACCCGUGACAAUUAGAGAUUUCAAAGAAAUUCCAGUCCUUCACUGGAACUGUAUUUAUAAAGAGGACACAUGACUUCAAAUAGUGCUGGGUUUAGAAUGAGAUCCAUAUUUAAUAACAGCAUCUACUUAUGAGCUGAAGCAGGUGACAACAUUGUGUAUUAUGCAGGCCGUUAAAAAGGAGCCCUCGUGCAGUGGGCCCUACACUGGAGAGGAUGCCUUGGUGCUGGCAGUGGCUUUGCAAGGGGCAGACAGGGACCUGAUUAAUCACAAGCUGUCAAGUCUGCCAUUUAAAACCAAGUCUACCACUUGUCGCAGAAAACGUGAGUUCAUACCAAAUGAGAGAAAAGAUAACCUAUACUGGGAGAGAAGGCGCAAAAACAAUGAAGCAGCUAAGCGCUCACGUGAAAAACGUCGUCUCAAUGAUAUGGUGUUGGAGAAUAAGCUUGUGGCCCUUGGGGAAGAGAAUGCAUCCCUGAAAGCUGAGUUGCUGUCACUUAAACUCAGGUUUGGCUUGGUGAGCUCUGCGGCUUAUGCGCGGGAGGUGCAGAAAAUUUCAAGUUCUACUGCUGCACUCUACCAGGACAUUGUCCCACCCAGUGCCAAGGGAAACUACCCAAGAGGAGUGGAACCAGCCCAUCUGCGGAGCGGCUGCAUAUCGGUCAUCAAGCACUCGCCUCACAUUGCCUUAUGUGAAGGAUCUGACUCUGGAAUGCUGACCCUUGAAAGCCCACUUAUGAAUUUUUCCAGAUCCCCUGAUAUCAUCAAACAAGAACCCCUGGAAACCUGCAGUUAUGCCAAAGACAGGACUAGUCCAUAUGAACUGUACAGAAACUGCCUUAGUAGUCCUUUCCCUGGAAGCUUUUCCCAGCCAUCUCCAUUAUUGCAAAACACCAGAUCGACUAGCAGUUCACCACGAAUGUCCGAUGGCGACGAUGGCGCUAUAAGCAAGUCCUCAGAUGGAGAGGAUGAACAACAGGUCCCAAAAGGUCCAAUUCCACCCAAGGCUGACUCAAAGAGUGUAAUAGUCUCUACCCUCGGGGUGCCAGAUACAAGCGCUUCAGCUCUGCCUCAUAAAUUGAGGAUCAAGGCCCGGGCCAUCCAGAUUAAAGUGGAGGCUAUAGAUCCCGAUUACGAAUCGUCCAGCAAAUACCCCUCUACCAUUGACAUGUCUGCAAAUGGAUGCUUUCAAAUGAGUCAGUAUGCUACCCAUGAGUAUAUGCAGUCAUCUCUAAGCCUGUUGUCCCGGCAGGUGACUAGUGUUCAGGAAUGGAACUGCCAGCCUAAGGAAUGGCACAAAGGUCACCAGGAGGCCCCAGAUGACUUCAAGCACUGGCCCUGUCCAGACUCACCAGGACCUGUGCAUAACAGACUAUUUGUUGACCUCAAAAAUGACUUCUAUGCUAGCUCUGAAUCUGAUAACUUGCACUUGAAACAAGGCAUUGCUGAUUUGUCAGCAGAAGUUGCCUCCUUAAAAAGAUUGAUCACAGAACGGCAGGGGUCUGUUAUUGAAUCUACAAAAAGCACUACCGAACUGAACUUAUUAUUGAAAGGUUUCUAAGACUAAGUUCUCUCUAUUUGCAUAAUACCUAUUUUCCACUGUGUUUGCUACUGCACUGUGUGGUACUUAUUGGGUGAAAAAGCUGCACUUCAUUGAGAGGAAUGGUAUUUCGUGCACUUACUGUUGUAGUUUGGUGUGUUUCUUAAUGGCUGUAUCUGUACCACAGAAACCAAAAAUCUGGUUACUGUUAAUGCAAAAUUAAGGUUAACUUGUUUACAUUUAUUGUACAUUGUAUGUUCUGUUUUGUUUAAAAUAAAUGUAAACACUGAAA